AUGGCAACCAGACACCACCACACAACCAGCGGCGGCAUCGGCAGCCGUCGCGCGGCUCGGAACGCAGCCUUCCAGGAGAAGAUGCGCCAGAUGCGACUUCCCCUCGCCCCUCUCGUGCAGAUGUCGACAGGAGCAGUCCACCCAGCCUUCCCCGCGACGCUGCUCAACUUUUGGCUUCUUACCGAGGCGCAGCUGGACGACCUGGCUCGCUUCUACCACCAGAAGUCCCCCGGGCCUUGGUCCGCAUCGUACCCCUGCCCCAUCACUUGGAAAUCCGGCUUGACGCUCGAAGAGAAGAGGAGAAAGAUUGGAAAGUUCAUCGGACUUAGGGGAUGCGAUACACCGAUCCGGAUACGUAUCAAGACCGAGGAACAGAUUAUGGAGGAGGCGAGACAGGCGAGGUUAGCCGAAGACGAUGAGGCUUUGAGGAGGAAGAUGCCGUGGUACUUGUAA